GGAUAAAAAAAAAACAUAAAAAAAUGAAUUAUACAAGUCACAUUUUAGAUGUAUGUAUGUAUAUCUAUCUAGUGGCAAAAACAGAAGAGUUGUCUAGAAACUGAUACAGCGACCGUUUCGACUCCGGCUACAAACUACAACUUACAUCUCCCAUUUCUCUCUUUAAUCGCAGAUCGAUCAAUCUCAACUCUGACUGAUUAUUACUGAAAAGUAGCCGACAAAAUACUGACGUAAAACUCAACUAUCAUGAGCUUUGUAUUUCGAGGAACCAGGGGAGACAUAGAAACCGGGUUUCCUGGAUUUAUUCCUGAACGUCGUGCAGUGCGAAUCCAUGCGCCUCGUCCUGUCAAUACAAAUUCCCUUGCCUUUCUUGUUACAGUUCUUUUGUUGUUCAUGAUAUUGAACUCGCACCAAAUGUCACCAAACUUCCUGCUUUGGCUAGUACUUGGUGUGUUCUUGAUGGCUACGAGCUUGAGAAUGUAUGCCACCUGUCAGCAACUCCAAGCCCAGGCCCAAGCAAACGCUGUGGCAGCUAGUGGUCUUCUUGGUCAUACUGAACUUAGGUUGCAAAUGCCACCUUCAAUAGCACUUGCAACACGUGGCCGGUUGCAAGGGCUAAGGCUACAGCUUGCACUUCUUGACAGGGAAUUUGAUGAUUUGGAUUAUGAAACUUUAAGAGCACUGGAUACGGACAAUGCUCCAACUGCCAACUCAAUGAGCGAGGAAGAUGUGAAUUCUCUUCCUAUUCAUAAGUACAAGGUAGCCAACUCUAAAAGUGGUAGCUCAUUAGUGGAACAAGGUUCAUCUUCAGCCACACCUGAGAAGGUUGAGACUGGUGGUGGAAAAACUUCAGAAGAUGAGUUGACUUGUAGUGUUUGCUUGGAGCAAGUUAAUGUAGGGGAACUAGUUCGUAGUUUGCCAUGUUUGCAUCAGUUUCAUGCAAGUUGCAUUGAUCCAUGGCUGCGGCAGCAAGGAACCUGCCCUGUUUGUAAGUUCAGAGUUGGAUCUGCAUGGCAAGACAAUGAAGAAGAAGAAGAUGAAGAGAUGGAUGGCUCGCUUAGGGUUUGAUACAUUUAACCUUUUUAGCUCUUGCCUCUUGGCAUUGGUUGGUGUAUACUAUUGUUAGGUUUCUUUUGGGAAGAAAGUGUUUUAACGUUGAUACCAUACCAUAAUUGACUUGGAUGCAUCUUGGCUGGGUACAUGCAUAAAAGCCGACAAAUUUUAGCA